UACUCCAUCUAUAAAAGAGGGGGCUGCAGUCUUUAGGGGUCUUGUUGCUUCUUUGAAGACAAAGGUUUGUUCAGGAUGUUGGGAGGAAUUCUACUGACCAGUGCCAUUCUGUGGGCAUCGGUGCUGCCUGGUGAAAGCGUGACCGGCGGGAAGGAGGCUGUGGCCCACUCGCGACCCUACAUGGCGUCCGUGCAGCUUAACGGGAAGCACGAGUGCGGUGCGUUCCUCAUCGCGAGUCAAUGGCUUCUGAGCGCGACUCACUGUUUCAUGGAUGGAGCUGGGGGACGGAUGGUUGUGGUCGGACUGCACUCUCUGUCUGAGGAGGAAAACACUAAACAAACAUUUAAUAUAUCAGAUGUGUUCAACCAUACUGACUUUAACAUUGACAAUUAUGACAGUGACAUCUCUCUGAUCAAGCUUGAUCAGCCAGUGGUUGAGAGCGACGCGGUGAAGCCGGUGUCCUAUCAACAGGCAGGAGGAGUCGAGCCUGCGGAGGAUGCCAUUGUCGAUACGGCUGGGUGGGGCUCGCUGAAUAACCUGGGGUCACGGCCUGACAAACUGCAUGAGUUGACCAUUAGUGUGAUGAGCAGGAACUUGUGUGGCCGCAGUGACUACUACGGGUCAAAGUUCACCAAGAACAUGCUCUGUGCCGCCGAGAGACGUCAAGACACUUGCGAUGGAGACUCUGGUGGUCCUCUGCUGCAUAACGGUGUUGCUGUGGGGAUCACGUCUAACGGGGGGAAGAAGUGUGGCUCCACCCGGAAGCCUGGUCUCUACACCAUCAUCUCCCACUUCGCUGACUGGAUCCAGCAGACCAUGACCGACAACAACAGCACCCUGGUAGACCAGUCAUUCCCUGGGGGUCCGCAACCCGGGGGAUCCGCAAAAAAAAUUGUGAUUGAGCUUGAUGUAGGAUAUUCUAAAUCUACGGAUGAUGAACAGUCUCACUAAUAAGACUACAUUGUGUCUAUUUGCCCCCAUCCAUUAACAUUUAUCUUGAAUCAGUUGACGAAUAACCACUCCUACUGCUGCUUAGAUGCUUUAUUUGCCUGUCAGAUAGCUUAUGAACAUGGAGAAAUGAGUCAGACCAUGUUGUCAAGUGAUGCCAAAUUUGAAGUUGACAAAAGACAGAUCAAGUUACACACCUGCCAGAAAAGUGGAUAGUGAAUUUUGCCACAAGUUCAGAGAAUAAUUGUAACAAUUAUGAGGGGGUCCUCAGAAUAUUUUCUAUCCCACAAGGGUUCCUUAGCCAUAAUGCAACAAAUCUUUAUGUGUAACAGGGACCAGUCUGUAGAAUUAGGAAAGGGCCACAAAGAAUCAACUACACAUGUAGGCUACUGUCCACCUCUGUGAAUAGCUUCAAGAACAUUAAGUGUGUCCAAGGAUUUUUAAUCGUCAAUUUCCACAUCAUGAACAUGUGUGUACUGUGGUACUGUAGAUACCAACCUUAUCUAUUGCCAUGUAUUAAUCAUUUGCAAUCAGACAGUGGUAGAUAAUUAUUUUACUUGGAGAGUGAUCAUAAUAGUCAAGAAAACCAGUUUAACCUUUGUCUUCAAAUAAAGGACACUUUGUACAAUGAUGCUUUCAUCGCAAUCAUUCUCAACCGCAAACAAAAUCGAUGUGGGACUCUUUCUAAAAAAGUAAAGGCCUCUAGUCAUAUUAUGGACAAGACUACAAAACAGAGAUCUUCGAAGUUACCAUGGAAACAGAACCCCCUUCAUGACUUUUUCACAACUUCUGAGUAUCAAAGGCUGUACCACAAGUUCAACAUUUGUGCACACAGAGAGUAGCCACAAUAUGUAUCUCAAUGCUCAAUGCUUUGCCAAAGAAGAAAUAUAGAGAUUGUAACAGCAUGAAAAUCUCAAUCACAUUUCUGAAUCUAGACACAAAAGACUCAGUCACAUACACUGUAUAGAAUGUUACAAUAUGCACAUCUCUUCAUAAUAAAAGCUCUUUGAAAACAA